CAGCUUGUGUGAGCAACAAUCUGAGCCAUUAUUAUACAGGCUGGGUGUAGCAACUUUCCCCUCCGAGAGAGAGAGAGAGAGAGAGAGAGGGAGAGAGAAAGUGGUGGGCAAAAAGAAAAAAGAGAAAACAAGCUCUCCAGCAGUGUAACCAGUCCGCCACCUAGCUGCGGAGCCGCGCCGACGGAGACAUCUACUGUCGACUAGUAUGAUUAUGAAAACACCCGCGCCAAUGUUGUUGCACAGUGUAGGCUCUGCUCUGCGCUCUCGAUGAGGCUGAAACUCGGUGUUAGGAGGUGUUUUAACCUCCCGUGGCCUUAGUUAUGUAACCAAAACAACAUCUAAUGCACCAAAAACAGCUCCGUUUGGUGCGCAGAGGAGCAGAAGAGCCGGACACCUUUAGAACCCUCAUGUCUGAACGCAGUUGAGCUCCGGGACGCGCUCUCGGUUCAAGCCUAAAGGACAACAGAGAGACCUUCCUUCGCUGGAUGACGGAGGGCAACUGUACUUGGACUAUUACAGGAUCUUCUUUUUGAAAUCUCCUGACCUACACCUACGUUUUUGCUCUUGACCCCAACAACCCCACCGGGGUCAUUUAAAAGUGUUAUACUGGGAACCCCAGAGCAUCCUGCUUCUCCCCCCUGACUUCUCUGAUGGACCAGAGAGUGAAGGGGGGGACCCCUCCAACCACAAACUCCACCCUGGACCCAACCUCUGCAUCUGAAGACUCUGAAGUGGCGGAGAAAAAGAGGAAGGGUGAGGGGGAGAAUGGAGAUGUGGGGGAAAAGGAGGAGGAGAAAAGAGGAGCAGGGAAAAAGAGAGAAGGAGACAAGGGGGCAGUGCUGGAGUUGCUCAUCGAGGGGCGCUGUGGGAGCGCAGGGCAGCAACAGCUUCAGAUCUCUGGCAGGGAGACCAGCUGCCCCGAGGGGAAUGUACGACUCCGGAUUGGACUCCAGGCCAAGCGCACCAAGAAACCGCCGAAGAUCUUGGAGAGCUACGUCUGCAAGCCAACCAUCAGGACCUAUCAGAGGCAAGCCAGGGGGGCACAGCUGAGGGGGGAUGGAGACGGGGGACAGCAGAACAAAACCAGCUCUACUCUACCAGGCGAGACAACCAGAGAUCAACGCUCAGGCUUGGAUGCUGUCCAGACCACAUCCAAACAAACUGCAUCUGCUGCUUCACCACCACUUGCAUCAUCGUCGUUAUCAUCAUCAUCAUCAUCAUCGCAGCCACUGUUGUUAUCAGCUUCCACGACAGCCUCAGUCCCUGCCAUAACCAGCCAAGGGACCAAGUCUGCCAAACAGGUUCCUAUCAAACUGGCCGAUAAGACAGAGGUGAAUUCAAAUGGCUCAUCUGAGAGAGUGAAGAAAGAGAAGCUUCCUAGUGUGAAUGGCCAGCCUGACUCUGCAGGACACAAACCCUGCUCGCCUAAAACAGACCAGACAGCUUCAACUACUCCCUCUACCGCAUGCAUCCAAGCCCCAUCCGCACCGGAAACCAGGAAUGAAGGGAAGACCUCCAAGAAACAUAAUGGUUUGGUUCAGACAACAAAACAGAAGGGACUAUCUAAUGGGAAAGGCUCUGCCGACAUCCUUGGCACUUCCACCUCGUCGAAAAGCAAAGUUGGAAAACACAGCGUUUCUUCCAUGGAUUCUUCGACAAGACUCCCAGUCUCCACCAGCUCCCAUAAAGAACUGCCCAAUAAGAGUAGGCCAGCCUCUCCUUCCUCUUCUUCAGUCACCCCUAAACCACAGUCCUCGCCCACUGCGGAUCCCUCCUCUGCCCAAUCCCAAGAUCAGGAGCCCCCACUAGCGAAAAAGAGAGACAAAGAGAGGAAAGCAAAAAAGGAGAAACGGAAAGACAAAAAAUCAAAGCGAGAUAGAUUGGAGGCUGAAAGAGCAAAGAGUGAGGGCAGAAAGGAGGGAGACAAGAAGAAGAAAAAGGUGAAAGUGAAAGGGGGGAAAUCGAAGCACGGUAAAGCAAAGGAUGAAGGACAUAGGACUGAUGAUACGUGGAGGGAUGAGUUAAAGAUUGAAAGAGGAAAGGCUGAGAAAAAGAGGGAUAAGCUUAGCCCAGACAGACAGAAACCAGAGGAUAAUAAAUUUGGUGAAACAGUUGAUAAACUAGAUAAAACCUGUAAAGUAGUGAAUCCAGGCAGACCAGAUACGAUAGACAAGACGGAUGACAGUUGCAAGCCAGUCAAACAGGCUGAGCUAGCAACAGCAACAGGUGACACCAGUAAAUCAAAAGAACAAGAUGUCUCAAGACAUUCAACUGUGCCUCCAAGCCACCCCUCUUCGUCUGCUCCUCCCUCUCUGCCCACUCCCUCUGCCCGUGCAACUGUUUCUCCCCCUUGUUCCCCCCAAGAGCAGGACAGCCGUCCGCUUAAGAAACGUAAAGCCAGACGGCCCAGCUGGACUAAGCUGGUGCACCGGGCUCAGAGGGCGGAAAAUCAGGAAGCCCCGUCAGAUUCCCAACAUAAUCCUUCACUAAGUUUCCCCCAGAACCCCAAGACGUCCCUUCCUGCCAAGGCCACUGUUCAGCAGACUGAUGACUCAUACCCAGCUCCUUCUACCGCCUUAACCAGCAGCUCCUCCCCUCUCUCUUCUGCAACCAAACCUCCAUCCCCAAAGCAGAGUCAUCCCACGUCAGACCCUAGCCCCCCUGCUUCCAGAUGCCCCACAACUCCUGCCCGAAAAAGGGGCCGCCCUAAGUCCCGCAGCUCUAGCUUAGACGAACCUCCCCCGAGACUUUCCCCAAACGCUAUCCCAACUGAUGUGCCUCUUCUGGGGUGUGACAGAGUUCAGAAAGCCCCUGUGUUGGAGCCAAAAAGUCCAAAACUGCAAUGUUCCACUCAGUCUAAAUCCAGCCCCAAGAAGCGUGGCCGUCCUCCCAAGCGACCCUUCCCCGAGGACCAGAGUGGAGAUGCACUGAAUCGCACUGACAGGAGUAAAGAUUUUCAUCCUCCUGAAAAGGGGAACAGGCAGCUAAAGAUCAGGAGGCUGAUUAAUGAGAUGAAGAAAAGAAAGAAGAGGAGACUUCACAAGGUGAUGCUGUCUGGGUAUGUGGGCAAGGAGGGAAGGGGAGGCCAGGCGGCAGAUGGCGAGACCUCUCCGAGAAUGUGUAAAUCGAUAGAGGCCACAACAGUACACUCGCUCUCAGCCUUGUCCUCCUCCUUUGGGAGUAAGUUGGGCCCUCAGAUCAAUGUGAGCAAGAGAGGGACCAUCUACAUGGGCAAGAGGCGAGGACGCAAGCCUAAAGCCCAAACAGCUAGCUCCAACUCCCAGAGCGCCACUCAGUCGUCCCUGUUUACCAAUCCCUCUGAAACAUCUCUCUUCUCAUCCAACCAACCCCAGCCUCCCUCUCACCCAUUUCCCUCCCCAUCUCUCACCCACUCCAGCGGGGCCCAGAGCCCUUACAGUGAAGGCAGCCUCACAGAACCAUCAUCCUCCCUACUUUUUCCUCACACCUUCUCCCUCCCUUCCCCGUCAUCCUCCUGCACCUCCCCCCGUCCGCCCUCCUCCUCAUCCCUCUCUCCCUUUGUGAAGAAGAGUUGUCCAUGUCAGGGAAGGCAUCACUUCCCCUUUCACCAGUCAUCAUGUAAGCUCUCCUGUCCGACCCCUCCGCUGCACCACACGCCUGGCUCUCCUGGCCAUCUGAAAGAGGCCACCCCCUCCCCCAGGAGUGAGUCACACAGCGAGGAGACGCUGCCUAGCGAUAGCGGGAUCGGGACGGAUAACAACAGCGUUUCUGAGCGAGCGGAGAUGAGGGGAGUUCGAGGCAUGCUCAGGUUGGGUCAGGGGUCAGGAGUGAUUCUGGGGGGUCAAAGGCACCCCUCUUCUCUUGUGGACCGUCCCUCUCCUGUCUCUUCACCCCUCUCUCUCAUGCCGAGACACACAAACCCCAUCCCCAACUCAACUACUGCGGAGCGGCACAGAGACAGACACAGGCACAGGCGAAGGGACUAUGACUGUCCCUCCUCCUGUACUUGCUUGUGCCCGUGCCCCUGCCCAGGACACAACAAGUGCACUCAUUUGGACUAUUACCCUUGCCUUGGGCACAAUGCACUGAAGAGACAGAAAAAUAAACACAAGAAGAAGCACCAGCAGCUGCAUAUGCAGGAUCCAGAGUUUCUGUCUGAGCUGGAAGAUCUGAUCGGUCAGUUCAGCGAGGUCCACAUCGGACGGCGGAGUUGGGCGAGAACAGGAAUGGGACAGGGCUUUGAUGGGAGUGGGAAUGCACCUGGAGGAAGGCGCCAUCACUCCUCCUCCCAUUCUCUCCGCUCCAACAUCUUCAGGAUCAAUCUGAAUGGCUUCUACUCUCCUCACCCUUCAUCUUACUCUGCUAAUCCCUCCUUCUCCCCCCAGCCUUUCUACCCAUGCCAGCCCGUGCAUUGCAACAGGAAGCCAGACCGCAGGCAAUGUGGUUGCCCGUCAAAGUUCCAGGAGACCAUUGAAAACAUGGGCUUUUACAGCGGCUACCCCCCAGCCACGACACUUUACCACCACCUUCCCAGCUCCUACCCGCUUCCAUCUCCACACCAGUACGCCCCCCAUCAGCCCCAUCACGCCCACUUCCUCCUCAACCCCGCCAGAUUCCACAGGCGGAGGAGCAGGUUGCUGAGGGAGGGAGCUUUAGGAGGAGAGGUUGAGGGAGAUAGUGGCGGUGUCCCACACCUCGGCUCAGGGUUCACAUCCAGCCUCUCCUGUGGCUGUGGGAGGAGCGAACACAAACACAAACAUAAACACCGGCACAGGCACUGCGAGCGAGACAUGGAUGACGAGGAGGAGUUGCACGAGGACGAGGAGGAAGAUGGGAUGGAGAGAGAGGGGUUGGCCAGUUCAAAGCCGAGGUCAGGGUUCAUUUUGGGGCAAGGAGAAGCGGGAAGGAAAGGGGCAAGAGGAAUGGGGUCUGCCGCUGCUGCCACAUCAUCAUCAUCAUCCUCAGCAGAGAGGUACAAACACACGUCUCUCACCUCGCUGGGGCUGGGUUCCUCUCACCUGUCUUCAUUUGGAGGAAGCUGGGGCGGCCUGAGUCAGAGCUGGACAAAAUUCGGCGGCCUGGGAGGAACAGGAUUUGGAAACUCAACCCCCAGCUGGAGAGGCUUCACUGGGGAGCAACACACAGGCAGACCGGUCGCAUCAGAUGGAGAGGACGAAGACGGCGAGGACGAGUCACACCUGUACAGGACGUCCCCGUCCCCAACACACACCAACCUGUUCACAUCCGCUGCCACGGCAACAGGGGGGAGGGGUCUGAGGAGCGGAUUGGCCGGUAGGAAUCCAGGAAGUGGGGACAGGUCAUGGAGGAAGGAUGAGCCAGCAUGGACUGAGAGGAGAGAAUCAGGUUUACAAGGUGAUUCAAGAAGCCGGGGGCAGCAGAAAAGCGUGCCAACGCCAGAUAGUGUGGCAGGGGAGAAAAAAAGAAGGCCAGGGCGGCCCAGAAAGCACCCGCUGCCCUCCACCGUAUACUCCCCCACGCACUCCUCUGCAGCUCCCUCCAUGUCAUCGCCCGACCUCUUGCCAGGACACAACCGAGAUGGGAGAGAAGUGGGAGGGAGGAAAGAAGAAAGAGUGCCAGAGAGAGACAGAGGAGGCGACAUGGUGCAGCAGGUGACAGAGUUGGAGCUGCAGGCCAGGAGGAAGAGAGGACGCAAGAGAAAACAUGGUGACUCUCCUUGUCAUCAGAGUGUCGCCGAGGAUAAACCCGAGUGUGACACCCCCCCUGAAUGUUUUAGCCAAUCAGACGUCGACCCGGCUCCAUCUCAGCCAGUGACCAUCCAAAGAGAGGAGAGAGAAGAUGUGCCUCCCAGGAAGAAGUUUCUGAGGGCGGGUCUUUACUCGGAUGAUUACAAAACUACAGACCCGCCCUCCCAAGCCCAGCAGUCGUGCAGAGAGAGUAUGGAGUACACACCAGGGGAGAAUGAAUAUAGCCUUCUACCUGCUCCCAUACAUGUUGGGAAGUACCUGAGGCUGAAGCGGAUUCACUUCCAGUUACCUUAUGAUGUUAUGUGGCUGUGGGAGAACAAUCAGCUUGAAAGCCAGCCUGCUGUCCCCCUGAAGAGGAAGCGACGUUACUGCCGGCUGAAAGAGAGGCAUGUAUCCUCUCAUCAGACAGCGGAGGAGAGCUCUAGUGACAUCACCAGCCUGUUUCCUCACCUCGACAUGGAGCCUUUGACCAGCAGUGAGAGGAGCUUUGUGGUGAAACACCACGUGUUCCUUGUGAGGAACUGGGAGCUGGUGAGAGACAGACAGAUCCGACUAAGGAUAGAGAGGGAGAGAGACGCAGAGGGGGAGGAGGGGGAGGAGAGAGACUCGCAACGUCCGUCCUGUGAUGGAGCCAGUGGGGACGACGACCACAUCAAGUCAGAUCAGCAAGUGGGGGUGGAGGUGACGGUUAUCAGCAGUGACCCCCUCCAUGAGAGUCAGGACACCUCCAGCUCGCUCACUGCCAGCCCCUGUCCCACCAAAACCCAGAACAGACAAGAGGAGGAGGAAGAAAAACGAGGGGAGGAAGAGGUCUGUAGCAGAGAACAGAGGAGGAAACGGCUGAAUGAUUUACUUUUGACCCUGCAGCAUUCAUAAGCUAACAGAGAGAGGUGGGAUGAGAAAGGGAGCAGCCCCACCGCCGGACAGAUGGACGGGAACUGAUGUCACAACACUGCUAUUAACAGUAGCAGUGCCGCAGAGGAAAAGGGAGAAGAGAGAUGGAAGAUUAUAGCGGCUGAAAAAUGCAAGAAAGACAUCUCACACACUGACAGAUGAGUGUGGUGAACCUAGCGCUCUGAAGGGCAUCACACCAAGGAUGAAACCAUGGCAACACAUCUUUUGUCCAAGUGGCGAGGGAUGAGAGAAACUGAGAUAGACUGUCCCGGAUGAAAGAAAAGACAGAAACAGACCAGCUGAAAUGAAUUUGCACUAGUGCUGGAUGAUCAAGCACACUAAAGACUGUAUGUAUGUAUGCAGAGUGGACACACUAUAAACACACACAUAUACAUUUUGAUUGCUCUUACUUAGGCACCUUAAGCAAAUGUUGGUCGGAGACUGAAAGUGGACAUAUAUGGUACUCAGCAUUUCAGCUCUGACGUUUCCAAGAGACGAGGAGCUCAGGAGCUGCCCGGGGGAACAAAAAUGUAGCCUGGGCCCUAAGUAGGUCAAAAUCGAACCCUCAUUUUACUCGCUAAGCUUUCAAAGUCACAUUGCACCUUUGGGAAACGACACAAGGAGAAGUGAACCAGUUGAAAGCUGUCGAGACAGUGGUAGGGUUUUUCUUCACUUUCACCAAGACAGUGUCUGCUAUGUACCAGUGAAUAGGCAGGGGAGGGGGUGGGCUUAGUGAUAGGAAUUUUGGCAUCGCUGCAAGAGAAUUUCUAAUGAGGUUUUAAGAAAGAAGUUAUUUUUGGACAAAAAAAGACAGCUUGAGCAGUGAGAUGGGCAAAAUAUAUUCAUGAUAGGAAUGUUUAUUGUUGACUAUUUUCAGUAUUGCUUCCUGGGGAAGGGAGAGAGAGAGGUAAAAAAGUGUUUUGUUUACUUCAGACUGCCUUUGAGAAUGUUUUUGCUCCAGAGCAUUGACAAUCAGAAUGUCCUAGAAGGGGAGAGAGGAGAGAGAAGUAGAAUUGAUUUGCCCCAAAUGCUCUGUAGAAGUGCCAUGUUGUCUUGUGUACGUACCUAAGCGAACUCAUGCAGUCUUUAAAAGCAAUAUCUCCUCUGAUAAGGACUAUAUAAGGACUUCCUUUGUUAUGUUUUUGUUUUUUAUUUAGUUGUGAAUAUUUGAGGAUUGGAGGUCAUUUUUCUGUACAGUUGCAUAGUCUCAUUUUAGGAGCAUUGGGCUAAUCCACCUAGUGGAAGUAAGCGUUUAGUUUCAUGUGAAUGUACAUAGAGAGAGAGAGAGAGAGAGACCUGUUUUCCUUCUAUCAGCAGUAGCGUGUAAAAUGAGUAUUAUACAUGACAAUACUAUUGGGAUUAUACAUACAAAAAUAAUAAUCAAUUUCAUUUUACUAACAUGUUUUUAACAGAUAAUACCGCUGACCAAUAUAUCAGUCAUUUGUCCUUAAAAUUGACUAUGAUUGUAUAUGAUUUUUUUUGUAGAAUUACAUGAUUUGUCUCGUUUGUUAGCUUUUUUUAUUGGUCAGACAAUCAGUGACAGUGAAUUAGUUUUUCCAGUGUUAAAUUUCCGCUCUCUUUCAGUAGUGUGGCUUCUAAUAACAAGCCAAGAAAGUGCAAUUUCUUUGACUGUUUACAUACUGUAUGUAUAUUUUUCCUCUUUCCUCUUUUUUUAACUAAGAGCACUACAUUAUUGCCAGUGGAUGAUUAACUUUAUAGCAAAGGUACACAUAAAGAGUUAUUUAUCUAGUUUGCAUGACAUAACCGUAACCUUUGCCUGUCGCCUCUGAUAACGUGCAUCUGAAAAACAAAACAUCAAAAACAGUUAUAACUCAAUGCCAUAGAAUGUCAGCUCAGACUUUUUGCCUCUAUAACCAUAAUAAUAAUAAAAGCAUUUUAUGUCUACUAGUACUAAA